AUGCGUCGGAUGCGUUAUUCUCCAUCGUUCGAAACCAGACGUUCAGCCAGUUUACACUGCUGGAACAACGGUCAUCGAUCUGCCUCAUAUAUCGCUCGUUCAACGAAGAUCCCCAUUCGAACUGUUCGAUAUAAUAUUGUCAAGAUCAAAGAACAAGGAGAGACUGGAGAUCGGCCGCGAAGUGAUCGACCCCUCAGACUAACAAUGUCCGAUAGUAAAACCAUUGGCCAAUGGAUUCGUCGACAAAAGGACAUCACAGCGAGAGAAAUAGCCGAGAAACUAUUCGAACAACGCGAUCGACAUGUCUCCCGAUGGACUGUGCAGCGACAGCUGGUUAUUUUCAAAUUUACGGUAGAACAUCAAAAUUCUCCUGAAGAAAGUGUAAUGGUUAGAGAGAAGUACCGUCGGUGGAAAUUCUAA